AUGGAUUUCUCGGAGCUGCGCACGGCGGUGGAGGAGGCGGAGCUAGUCGACGCCCACGCACACAACCUCGUCGCCGUCGACUCCUCCUUCCCCUUCAUCAAAGCCUUCUCCGAAGCCGAUGGCGCCGCCUUAUCCCACGCCCCCCAUUCCCUCUCCUUCAAGAGAAGUUUGAAGGAGGUUGCGGAGCUCUACGGGUGCGAGAAGAGCUUGGAAGCAGUUGAGGAGCACCGGAGAGUCGCCGGAGUAGAGGCGAUUAGCUCGAGAUGCUUUGAGGCGGCGAGAAUCUCGGCAUUGCUUAUUGAUGAUGGACUGAAGCUGGAUAAAAUGUAUGGCAUUGAUUGGCAUAAGAGUGCCGCGCCUGUGGUUGGGAGGAUUUUGAGGAUUGAGAGUCUGGCUGAGCAGAUUCUUGAUGAGGAGUUGCUGGGUGGAUCUUCUUGGACAUUGGAUGUGUUCACUGAAACAUUCAUUGGAAAGUUGAAGUCAUUGGCUGAUAAGAUUUUCGGCUUGAAAAGUAUAGCUGCAUAUCGCAGCGGGCUGGAAAUUAGUACGCAUGUCAAUAGGAAAGAUGUCGAGGAAGGUCUUUCUGAGGUUCAACAGGCUGGAAAGCCUGUUCGCAUAUCAAAUAAAAGUUUUAUCGACUAUAUUUUCACUCGUAGUUUGGAGGUUGCUGUACUUUUUGACUUGCCAAUGCAGAUACAUACAGGUUUUGGCGACAAAGAUUUGGACUUGAGGCUGUCCAAUCCCCUUCAUCUCCGGGAAAUGCUUGAGGACAAGAGAUUUUCUAAAAGCCGUAUUGUUCUGUUACAUGCGUCCUACCCGUUUUCAAAGGAAGCGUCAUAUCUAGCCUCUGUUUAUCCCCAGGUCUACCUCGACUUUGGCUUGGCCAUACCCAAGCUCAGUGUCCAUGGGAUGAUAUCUUCACUAAAAGAACUUUUGGAGCUAGCUCCAAUUAAGAAGGUCAUGUUCAGCACUGAUGGAUAUGCGUUUCCUGAAACUUUUUACUUAGGUGCAAAAAAGGCACGUGAAGUUGUCUUUUCAGUUCUACAUGAGGCCUGUGCUGACGGUGAUCUCUCAAUUCCGGAGGCUAUUGAGGCUGCUAAAAACAUCUUUUCACAAAAUGCAGUUCAGUUUUACAAGAUUGAUCUUGUUGUCAGAUCUUCUGGUUUAGCCAACAGUGUAUCCUCUAACUUUGUGAAGGUGAAGAGUAAUGACUCGGAAAAUCAUGUCUCAUUUGUUCGUGUUUUCUGGGCUGAUGCAUCAGGACAGCAAAGAUGUCGUGUUGUUCCUGCUAAGCGGUUCAAUGACGUUGUUACAAAAAAUGGCAUUGGUUUGACUUUUGCUUGUAUGGGAAUGACUUCAUUCACUGAUGGUCCCGCUGAUGAGACUAAUUUGACUGGUGUGGGUGAGAUCAGACUCAUGCCUGAUUUAUCGACUAAAUGGAGAAUUCCAUGGGUAGAACAAGAGGAAAUGGUUUUGGCCAACAUGCAUCUUAAACCAGGUGAAGCAUGGGAAUACUGCCCGAGAGAGACCUUGCAGAGGGUUUCAAAAAUUUUGAAAGAUGAAUUCAACUUGGAAAUGAAUGCAGGAUUUGAAAAUGAAUUUUUUCUCUUGAAGAGUACACUAAGGGAUGGAAAAGAAGAAUGGGUACCAUUUGACUCAACACCAUACUGUUCCCCAUCAUCGUAUGAUGCUGCUUCCCCUUUGUUUCACAAAGUUAUUGCUGCUCUCCAGUCCCUGAAUAUAACUGUAGAACAGUUACAUGCAGAAAGUGGGAAAGGUCAGUUUGAGAUGGCUCUAGGGCACACAGCUUGCCUGCAUGCUGCUGACAACUUGAUUUAUACCCGUGAAGUUAUUAGGGCCAUUGCAAGAAAACACGGAUUGUUGGCGACCUUUAUGCCGAAGUAUGCGCUGGAUGAGAUUGGCUCUGGAGCCCAUGUACAUCUCAGUUUGUGGCAGAAUGGCAAAAAUGUAUUCAUGGCAUCUGGUGGAUCCUCUCAGCAUGGGAUGUCCAAGGUUGGGGAGGAAUUUAUGGCAGGAGUUCUAUAUCAUCUCCCUGCAGUUUUGGCAUUUACAGCUCCAAUUCCGAAUAGUUAUGACCGGAUACAACCUAAUACUUGGAGUGGAGCAUACAAGUGCUGGGGAAAAGAAAACAGGGAAGCUCCAUUAAGAACUGCAUGCCCACCUGGAAUCCAAUCUGGUUUGGUGAGCAACUUCGAGAUCAAGUCAUUUGAUGGGUGUGCAAAUCCACACUUGGGCCUGGCUGCAAUACUAGCUGCUGGCAUUGAUGGUCUUAGGAGGCAACUUUGUCUCCCCAAACCUAUUGAUACAAAUCCUUCUAGCCUUGAAGGAGAACUACAAAGAUUACCAAAGUCACUUUCGGAGUCAUUAGAAGCUUUAAAGGAAGAUGAUCUUUUCAAAGAUUUCAUUGGGGAAAAGCUAUUGGUUGCCAUAAAGGGGGUCCGUAAGGCAGAAAUUGACUACUACGACAAGCACAAAGAUGCAUACAAGCAACUUAUACACCGCUAUUAAGCUUACUAUCUUGAACUUUCCUUGUCUAGCCCUUUUCCAGACCUCCAUUACUUCUGAUCAUCAGUUGCCACUUGAGGAAUAAUACAAGCACGGGGAAUCCUCAUUUGAGGAAUGUCAUACAUAUACAUACUCGUGUGUGUGUGUGUGUGUACAUAUAUGUAUGUCUAUGUAUACACCUUUUAUACCAAAAUAAUAUUUUGUACCAUACUACAAAAUAUGUAUGGUAGUAAGAUAUGUACCAUACUACCAUGGCAAGAAAGUAGAAAUUGCAAACUCACUUCUACUAAAGUGAAAACAAGGAUCCAACUUUGAUCAAGUCCUCCAAAGGUAAGAUUUUACUUGUUUUAAAGCAUUUAGCGAAUG